GUUCCGGAUUUGGGUUUGAGUCACUUUGUGUGGGAUUUGAAGUCGAAAGUUGCCUGCCGCCAGUCUCCACCACCGCAGCUGCUCGACUGACCCGACUAACACCUCGACACCCGAAAUCACCAAACCAACUACUCCCCGAUCCCCCGAACUCGACACCCAGUUGCCCAGCAUGGAGUCCGAGUCCGACCACGACCACCGCGAUGACGAGAGCAUGUCGGAACAUGAGGAGAUUGAGGAGACGAAGCCAAAGUCCGCGAUGAAGAAGGGCCGGGAACCAGUGGCGCCCGUCGUGCGCCCAGAGCUUCCCGAACAACCAGACCCAAGCACCCUCGAUCUCACCGCGCUGAACCCGCUGUCGCCCGAAAUCAUCUCCCGCCAAGCCACAAUCAACAUUGGAACCAUUGGUCACGUCGCCCACGGAAAGAGUACUGUCGUCAAGGCCAUCUCCGGUGUGCAGACGGUCCGUUUCAAGAACGAACUCGAGAGGAAUAUUACCAUCAAGCUCGGUUAUGCCAACGCGAAGAUCUACCAGUGUGACAACCCAGAGUGCCCUCGCCCAACAUGCUACCGGUCAUACAAGAGCGACAAGGAGGUCGACCCCGCUUGCGAGCGUGAAGGAUGUGAAGGCAAAUACAGACUGAAGCGCCACGUCUCUUUCGUCGACUGCCCCGGUCACGACAUUCUCAUGAGCACAAUGUUGUCAGGUGCCGCCGUCAUGGACGCUGCACUGCUCUUGAUCGCCGGAAACGAGACUUGCCCGCAACCGCAGACAAGUGAGCAUCUUGCUGCCAUUGAGAUCAUGAAGCUGAACCACAUCAUCAUUCUUCAAAACAAGGUUGAUCUGAUGCGGGAAGACAGCGCUGCGUCGCAUUACGAGUCCAUCCUCAAGUUCAUCCGCGGAACCGUCGCUGAUGGCUCGCCUAUCAUCCCCAUCUCUGCCCAGUUGAAGUUCAACAUCGAUGCCAUCAACGAACACCUCAUCAGCAAGAUCCCCGUCCCAGUACGAGACUUCUCUGCGAAGCCUCACAUGAUUGUUAUUCGAUCCUUUGACGUCAACAAGCCUGGUGCUGAAAUCGAUGAGCUAAAGGGAGGUGUUGCUGGUGGUAGUAUCUUGACUGGUGUAUUGAAGCUAGGAGACGAGAUUGAAAUCAGGCCCGGUAUCGUGUCAAAGGACAGCGCCGGAAAGAUUCAGUGCAAACCCAUCUUCUCAAGAGUAGUGUCUCUAUUUGCCGAGCACAACGACCUGAAGUUCGCCGUUCCGGGAGGACUGAUUGGUGUCGGUACACGCGUUGACCCUACUCUGUGCCGUGCGGAUCGUCUCGUUGGUUUCGUCCUUGGUCUCCGUGGACAUCUCCCCAACAUCUACACUGAACUCGAAGUCAACUACUUCCUCCUCCGAAGAUUGCUUGGUGUCAAGACUGCGGACGGCAAGCAGGCCAAGGUAGCCAAGCUUGCAAAGAACGAAGUAUUGAUGGUUAACAUUGGAUCAACCGCUACCGGUGCCAAGGUUGUUGCUGUCAAGGCUGACGCUGCUCGUCUGUCCCUCACUUCACCUGCAUGCACAGAGAUCGGUGAGAAGGUGGCGUUGUCCAGACGUAUCGAGAAGCACUGGCGUCUCAUCGGCUGGGCCAACAUUGUAGCUGGUAACAUUCUCCAACCUAUCGUCGACUGAGCGGGCAUGGCGCGUAGUGGGGUAGCUCUCGAGGAGUAGAACGACAAACUUUACGAAGGGACGACGUAGACAUAAGCGGUAUGACGGCAAAACACGUGCAUUUGGUUCCUAGCAUUUUUUGCCGGAGUCGGUUGCGCUUGGAGAUGGGCACCAAAAGUGGUUUUCUCGCAGCUGUGUUUUAGACAGCAUCUCGAAGCCAUGACGGCAGAGGGCUAGCGUCACUAGGGAGCGAGCGUCUUGUGUAUCAGUACGUUCUCCAGCACAGUGUAGCCGCAUAUAAUGAAACAUGUACAUCCACUGGAAUUGUUGGGAAUGCGGAUGACAGCGGGUCACGCAGGCGGAAAGUAGGCCGAUCUUCACAUGAAAGCCAUUCUGUAACAUGUGCAAGAAGCUGGCCUACCAACGUCAGAUCAGCGUGCUAGCCUACAUUUGCCUCACAGUCCCCU